AUUCUUUUUUUGAAUAUCUCUUUCUCUCUCUCUCUCUCUCUAUAUAUAUAUAUAUCUGUACGGAAAACAAAAAUCAGCCAUGGCCGAUCCUUGUAGGUUAGUCCCACUUCCACAAUCGGUGGACCAAUUGAUUGAGAAAAUCUGCAUAGAACAGAACCAGACGCCGCCAGGCGCCGACGUGAGAAGGAGGCUGGCGGCUGUAGGUGAAGAGUCUUCUCUUCAGCUUCUUAAUGAAAUCGCACCCAGAAGGAUCAGGAAAAACCUCAGUGCCUUCAUCUACUACUUGCUCAAAGAGCAAUACAACCCGAAUUCUUAUUCUUCUUCUCCUUCUUCGUCGCCUUCGAAGAAGGAUAUCUCUCCCAUUUCUCAUUCUCCGACGGAGAUUCCCUCUUAUUUUUCCCCUCGGACUCCUCCUCCGGUUGAAGCCCGUCUCCAUAGAACCCCACCGGAUUCUAUAUCAAGCACAAGCGAGACUGUCCCUAACUCUAUGGUUACAGAGCUUCCGAGAGAAAGGGGACGAGCCCUGUUGGAAGCUCUGGGAGAGUUGGAAUUCAGAAAGCAAUUUCUUAUUUUAAGUUACAGUGGUGGGAAAGAGCUGCAGACUGUAAUAGCAGCUGAGGAAAUCAGGAGGUUGAGAGAUUUACCAAUGAUAAAGUUUGAGCAGAGAGUAUGGGAAGACUUAGGACAAAGAUAUGUUCUCAGAGGAGACAGAAGAAUGCAUCUAGAUUGGGAUUCUGGAAAAACCCAUAUCUACCAUUGUCACGUUUCUCGGGAUGGGAAUAUCAGUUUCAAGGGACCCUAUUUGAGCAAAACAACUACUCACCUGCAAAAGGUUUUAGGAGAUGACAAUGUUUUGAUGGUUAAAUUUGAUGGAGAGAUCAAAGAAACGCAUCCGCUUGACUAUUACUAUGAUGCAUAUAGCAAGAUUGCGAAAGAAGGGAUUCUUGUUGGCUUACGUCGGUAUCGUUUUUUUGUCUUUAAAGAUGGAGGCAAAGAAAAAAGGAAGAAAAAUCCAACUUCAUCACCGGUAAAAUGUUAUUUUGUUCGCAUGGAGACAGAGGCAUUUAUUGACAAAAUGGGAUCAUAUAAAUUGUCAAAUAUGACAGUUGCAGAAGCAAGAUGCUAUUUUAUGCAUGCACAUAUGGUGUCUAGUGUCCCCACCUAUAUGGCAAGGCUUUCACUCAUUUUGUCAAAAACAAUCAGCCUAGAGACUGAAUUAUCAUCUGUAAAUGUUCAAAGAAUUAGGGAUGAAUAUUGCAAGGAUGAACAUAAAAACCUUAUCUUUAGAGAUGAGAAACCUCUUAUACAUACCGAUGGCACAGGGUUUAUAUCUGAGGACUUGGCUUUAUUGUGCCCAAAUAAUUUACAGACAGGAGAGUGUCUCGGUAAAGAAGAUGCUGAGAGAAUUCUCAAUGUUGAUGAACACAAGGACAAAGUUUUGGAGACAAAGCAGCCAAAAUUCAAAACUCGGGAACCGCCUCUGUUGAUACAGUUCCGUCUCUUUAACAAUGGUUAUGCUGUGAAGGGAACAUUUCUAGUAAACAAGAAGCUUCCCCCAAGAACAAUGCAGAUUCGAGAUUUAAUGGUUAAAGUUGAGAGGGAUGAAAGACUUUCAAAUAAUCAAACUGCAAACUCAAUGGAAAUUGUUGGGACGAGCAAUCCUCCUAAGAAAACAUAUUUAUCGAGGAACUUGAUUGCUCUUCUGAGCCAUGGGGGAGUUCCAAACGAGUAUUUCUUGAACGUACUUCAAAAUGCUCUGCAAGAUACUCAUGCUGCUUUCAGCAACAAGCGUGUGGCACUCAAAGUUGCAAUCAGGUAUGGUGAUAUUGAUGACAAUUUUACUGUUGCAAGAAUGAUUUUAUCUGGUAUUCCUCUUGAAGAAUCAUGGUUGCAGUAUCGUCUUUCAAUACUAAUGAAAGAGGAAAAGAAGAGUCUUAAAGAAGGGAGGCUCUAUGUCCCUGAAUGUUAUUAUUUGAUGGGGACAGUUGAUCCAACCGGAAAACUUGAAAGCAAUGAAGUUUGCAUUGUGCUUGACAAUGGACAUGUUUCGGGGAAGGUACUAGUGUACAGGAAUCCUGGUUCACACUUUGGAGAUAUUCAUGUUUUAAAAGCUAUCUUUGUGGAGGAGUUGGAAUCUUUUGUUGGAAAUUCCAAAUAUGCUAUAUUCUUCUCUCGCAAAGGUCCACGGUCAAUAGCUUAUGAAAUCGCUAGAGGUGAUUUUGAUGGUGACAUGUACUGGAUAUCACGCAACCCACAGCUAUUGGAAUACUUCAAACCGAGUGAACCUUGGAUUCCUUCUUCCUCAAUGCCUAAGGUUGCCAGUAAGAAGCCAAAUCUAUUUUCAGAUGAAGAAUUGGAUGAUGAGUUUUUUAAACUGUUCCUCAAAACUAGAUUUCAGCCAAGUUUCGCUAUAAGUGAGGCUGCUUAUAGCUGGUUGGCAUUGAUGGAUCGGUUUUUGACACUAGGCAGUGAUGAUGUUGAAGAAAAGAAUCUUGUCAAGAAGAACAUACUUCGAUUGAUUGAUAUAUACUAUGAUGCUGUGGAUGCACCCAAAAGUGGUGGAGAGGUUGAAGUUCCCGAUGAACUGAGAGUGAAAAUGUUUCCUCAUUUUUUGAAAAAGACGAAUUCUUACCGGUCUACUUCCAUUUUAGGAUUAAUUUAUGAUGUUGUGGAUUCGUAUCAAGCACAAGAUCUUUCGAACGAAGAGAUCUCGAAGCUUCCUUGUUUUGAUGUUGAAGUACCUGAAGCCUGCUUCACAAAAUGGAAGGAACAUUAUGACCGGUAUAGGGCCGAGAUGAGCAUUGCCUUGAAAAACAAGGAUAGGGAUUGCAAAAAUGAGGCUGCUGACCUGGUCAUAAAGAAUUAUAAGAAGAUACUGUAUGAAGCUGAGGAAUUCGAAGAAAGUAAAAGAAACACAGAAGAUAUAAACAAUGAGGCUGUUGCUAUAUAUCAUUUGGUAUAUGAUUAUGCUAAGAGUGAAACAUGUAUUCCAAAUUGUGGGUUUGCUUGGAAAGUUGCUGGUCCAGCCCUUUUCAAGCUCUGCACCAUGAAACAGAGUGAGAGGUCCUUUUUGUGUUCACCAUUUGUUUUGCGUGAACUUUUUUAGUUGAUGGGAUUGUAAUUGCGUUUGAAUUCAACAAAAUGCAUUUAUAUGUGUAUAUAUAUAUAUGUACGUAGUUUCAGUCAUUGUAAUAUAAAGCGUAGAGAACAAUCUCUCCUAUAUUAUAUAAACCACAAGAAUCCUUAGUUAAAAUGGGAUUCCAACUCCGCACUUUUUGAAAUUUUGUUGCUUUUAAAAGAGCACAAUUCAAUGAAAGUUGUAAGCUUUGUUGGGGGGAGUUAUGUAGCUAAACCGUAGCUUUUUCAAAGUUAUCGAGCUUUAUCCUAUUCCCGUCCAACUUGGUACGAAUUAACAGCUUUGAUUCA